AAAAAAAAGGGAGUAACAAUGGCUGCUUUGCAGGGUAGCUAAACGAUAUGAUGCAUAAAAAGUGCUUGGCACUGUGCCUGGCAUAUAAUACAUCCCAGAAAAGUGCCAUUUAGUUAUUGCCUUCACGACUCCCUAAGUAUCUGGCAGGGCAGAGGACAGUGGUCUCGGGGGCUCCUAGAACGCCACCAGGGACCGCGUUCCAAGGAGGCCAAUGUGGCUGUAGUUUGGGGCACACAGCGCAGGAGAGAGCAGGCGGGGAAGGAUGGGUGAGCUGGGGCCAAGCUGGGGAGGCCUUGAAAGCCAAGGCCAGGAGCUCGGCUGUGAUCCUGCAGCAAUGUGGAGUCCCAGGGGGUGUUAGAGUCAAGGUGUGAUAGACUCAGAGCUGUCCUUCAGGGAUUUAAACUGUCAACCUGAGGCAGACGGGGAGGUCCAGACAGGAAGUUAUAAGGGUCUGAGCUUGGGGUGUGGCAGAAGGGGGAGGGGUCUGGAGAGAACCGAUAGACACUGUGAAUUAGUGCUGGGGCUUUUGACCUGCUGACACGGAGGGUGAAUAAGGUCCAAAGAGGACCUCCCCAUUGUACAGAUGAGGAAACUGAGGUCAGGAGAGGGGAGAGCUAGGACCAGAACCCACACCUCCAGACACCCCGUGCAGGGCUCUUCCUUUCAUUCUAUGGGUUGGAUCUCCCCACGCCCCACUGGUUUACAUACACCCAGAGAGGGCCAGGGCCAGGCCCCAAAUCCUGCAUCUUUCCACAGCACGCAGAGGCCUCUCUCUGUUGUUUUCAAUGUCUGUGGGUUGACUCCACCCCAGGGGAGGUCAGGGGCGAGGGAGGGGGUGCUCCCUCUGGAGUUGCUAAAGACACAGCCAGUAUCUUUCAGGGUAACUUCGAGAAGAUUUGGGCUCUUUCAGCUGGGCUCAGAGCCCGGGGUGCCCCCCGGGGUGGUUCAUUUCAUUAUAAGAAAGGACAAUCUCGCACUCUGGCAAAUUCACCUUUCUCCAGGGUCUGCCCUGCACCCCACCGUUCGCACAUGCCUUUUUAUUUAAUCCCCACACCGAUCUCAUGAGGCUAGAAUUAUUAUUCCUAUUUCAGUAGCAAACAGAGGCUCAGAGAGGUUAAGUAACCUGCCCAUUCUCACACAGCACACAGAGCUGAUGUCCAGUCCAGGCCGGCUGGAGUGAUGCUGCCUCAACGUUCCUCGAGUGUAGACACACACGUCAGCAGGAGCUGGUCAAUGAUGUAGGUCUGUUACCAGGGGCGCAGUGCUGAUACAGAUGGAAGAGUCACUGCAGCGCAAAGCAGAAGUGUUCCCGUGAACUGGCACCAGGAAAGGGUUCUAGGAGGAGGUGAGGCUCCAACUGGCCCUUGGAGGAGGAUCAGGGUUUGGCAGGGGUGGGCAGGGGGACAGUACUGAGUUUCCAAUCCCCUUAUUGUCCCUUGGAGCCUCCUCCCACCAUGAGCCUGGGCCCCAGGAGCAGCAUUCAAGCCUGUGACAUAUCCACCUGGGCUGGGCGUUUUACAGCAGGCCCCCAAGGCUCCUGCUAGGCCAUAUUGUUGGGGCAGGAAAGGACCAAAACAGCAUUCUGUGGACAAGGGUCUUUGCUUAAAACAGGUCCCUGAUUUGCUGGAGCCGUCUCCCUCCAUCCCACUCCUUGGGGGCAGUCACCUUCAACGCUAGGAAUUUUCAACUUUCCUUUCUGCCAACACCCCUGCCCCUGGGUCCUGCAUCCAAGGGGGGAUACCUAGAGGGGGCUCCCUCUGCAGAGGUGAUGGUGGAUUAUGGGGCUGACAGAUGGCCCCCCUCCCCCACUCCCACUUCCCAAUCUCUGCCGCUGCUCUGCUACUUUUACCAAAAGCAAGGUGCUCGCGAUGUAAUGUGGCAUGGAGGUUAAGAGCCAGGCCCUGAGGUCUGGCUGUGUGAUUUGAAUCGCAGCUCUGCUGGUUGUGCAACCGACACUGAGUUUCUUAACUUCUCUGUGCCUCAGUUUCCUCACCUGUGAAAUGGGGUUAGUAAUAGUCCUAGUUGCUGUGAAUGUUAAAUGAGAUGGUGAGUGACAAGCACUCAGCGUGAUGCCUGGUUCUUAGAAUCAGUGGCUGCUGUUUUGGAACAACUACUAUGGGUCAGGGGCGGGACACAUGACCACGUGCCAGCCCCAACUUGGUCAGGCUCUGGAGUUGGGCUCCCUUUGCCCCCCUACUCUGUCUCCUGAUGGGAGCAUCUAUGUCCUUUACUCCCAAAUGCUUGAAACAUCAGGGAGAUGUGACCUGACCUCAUCUAAAUGGCAGAAGGUGUAGGUGUGGCCAGGUUAGCAGGACAUGCUCUGUCUACUGCCAGAUGGGGUUCUCCUGGACCACCCAGGCUCUGCUGUGCCCUAAGAGGGAUCAUCCUCAUUCCAGCCUCCUCCCCUUCCUUCAGAGCCCUCAAACCUCUCUACCUGUCCCAGGUGCUUUCCUGCUCCUUGGACAGUGACAGGACCCAUAUGUAAAUGUCUGCACAAAUCCCCUGGGGUUAGAUUGCCAGCUCUCCAGGGAGGCAAAGCCACCUCUGGGACCUCCACUUCACAGCCAUGGGAGCCCAGGGCAGGGUGGUCUGCUCCCUGAUCUUCCUGCUGCGGGCCCUGGCUGAGCUGACUGAAAAUUCGGAGUUCUACUUGCUUAAGGAUUACCUCCUGGGUGGCCUCUUCACCCUCCAUGCCAACGUGAAGGGCACUGUCCACCUCAACUACCUGCAGGUGCCCAAGUGCAAUGAGUACGAGAUGAAGGUGCUGGGCUACAACCUCAUGCAGGCCAUGCGCUUUGCGGCGGAGGAAAUCAACAAUGACGGCAGCCUGCUGCCCAGCGUGCUGCUGGGCUACGAGAUGGUGGACACCUGCUACAUGUCCAACAACAUCCAUCCUGUGCUCUACUUCCUGUCACAGGACGACUAUUUCCUGCCCAUCCAGGAAGACUACAGCCACUACAUACCCCGCGUGGUGGCCAUCACCGGCCCUGACACCUCCGAGUCCCCUGUGACCGUGGCCCACUUCCUCUCCCUCUUUCUCCUUCCACAGAUCACCUACGGUACCAUCAAUGACCAGCUGCAUUUCCCAGCAGUGCUGCGCACGGCGCCAGGUGUGCAUCACCAAAUGGAGGCCAUGGUGCCGCUCAUGCGGCACUUCCGCUGGAAUUGGAUCCUUGUGUUGACAAGCAGCGAUGACUAUGGCCGCGGCAGCAGCCAGCUGCUCAGCGAGUGCCUGGCCCACCGUGACAUCUGCAUCGCCUUCCGGGAGACGCUGCCGAGGCCGCAGCCCAACCGGACGAUGACGCAGCAGGAGCGUGAGCGCCUGGAGGCCAUCAUGGGCAAGCUGCAGCAGAGCAUGGCGCGUGUUGUGGCCGUGUCCUCGCCAGACCUGGCCCUGUUCAACUUCUUCCGCGAGGUUCUGCGCCAGAACUCCACGGGCGCAGUGUGGGUCGCCUCUGAACCCUGGGCCAUCGAGCCGGUCCUGCACCACCUCACCCAGCUGCAGCGCACAGGCACCUUCCUGGGCUUCACCACCGGGCAUCACCACCCAGAGCAGAGCGUGCCCAUCCCGGGCUUCAGCGAGUUCCGCGUGCACCGCUCCCAGGUCAGCCGGCCCGCGCUCAACAGGAGCAGCCCGGGGGCCACCUGCAACCAGGAGUGUGACACCUGUAUGGACACCUCUGAGCCCUUCAACACCAUCCUCACGCUCUCUGGCGAACGCGUGGUCGACAGCGUGUACUCCGCCGUCUACGCCGUGGCUCACGCGCUGCAGAGCCUCCUGGGCUGCAACCAGACCGGCUGCCACAAGGAGGUGGUCUACCCUUGGCAGAUCGCUGUGUCUAUGUGUUCCAAGGACUGCCAUCCUGGGCAAAAGAAGAAGCCAGCUGGCAUCGACCCGGGCUGCUUCAAGUAUAUUGACUGCCUCUCUGGCACCUUCCUCAACCGAGCUGCAGGUGAAUUCGACUGCCAGCCCUGCCCAAGUUACGAGUGGUCCCGCAGGAAAGACACCUCCUGCUUCAAGCGGCAGCUGGCCUUCCUUGAAUGGCAUGAGGCACCCACCACCACUGUGGUCGUGCUGGCUGCCCUGGGCUUCCUCGGCACCCUGGCCAUCUCGAUAAUCUUCUGGAGGCAGUUUCAGACGCCCAUGGUUCGCUCGGCUGGGGGGCCCGUGUGCUUCCUGAUGCUGACGCCGCAGCUGAUGGCAUACAUGGUGGUCCCCACGUAUGCAGGGCUGCCCAUGGUCUCCACGUGCCUCUGCCUCCAGGCCUUCCUCACGCUCUGCUUCACCGUCUGCGUCUCCUGCAUCACCGUGCGCUCUUUCCACAUCAUCUGCAUCUUCAAGAUGGCCAGACGCCUCCCACGGGCCUACAGCUUCUGGGUCUGCUACCAUGGGCCCUACGUCUUCGUGGCAUUCAUCACGGUGCUCAAGACAGUCAUCGUGGGGAGCAGCAUACUGGCCGUGACCACCAACCCCACUGCCCGCACUGACCCCGAUGACCCCAAGGUCACGACCCUGUCCUGCAACCCCAGCUACCACCGGGGGCUGCUGAUCAACACCAGCCUGGACCUGCUCGUCUCCGUGCUGGGCUUUGGCUUCACCUACAUAGGCAAGGAGCUGCCCACCAACUACUACGAGGCCAAGUUCAUCACCUUCGCAUUCACCUUCUACUUCACCUCCUCCGUCUUCCUCUGCACCUUCGUGUCUGUCUACGAGGGGGUGCUGGUCACCACCCUGGACCUCUUGGUCACUGUGCUGUACCUCCUGGGCAUCACCCUGGGCUACUUCGGCCCCAAGUGCUACAUGAUCCUCUUCUACCUGGAGUGCAACACGCCAGCCUACUUCAACAGCAUGAUUCAGGGCUACACCAUGGGAAGGGGAUAGCACUCCUGUCAUCUGCCCAUUGGGAUGAGGGCCUCAGCAUUGGGAGAUGGGGGCCGGGGGCUUGCUUGUUCAACUCCAGAUGUCUGCAAGGAAGCCACCCCCAACGAUUACCACCAUGCCCUGGUAUCUGAUUUGGCGUUCCUCCGAGGUUCUCUGCAUCCUGGCCAUUUUUACCCACCUAGCGAUGGACGCCUAGAAACAUUUGCCCUUUGCUCCUUUCCCUCAAGCUGUUUAGCUUGCCAGGCAAUGCCACCCCAUUCUAGAAAAACAACCCAAGCUGACCUAUUGGUUUCCAAGGACUGAGUCCAGUUUGGCAGCCUACAGCCGCCAUCUGGUGGUCGCUCUGGGUACCUGCAGGUUCACGGUGAAGGGACGCCUGCUGGAGGGCUGGGCUGGGGUUGGAGGAUGUGAGCUCAAAUAAUGCUGCCCUGCCUCACUCACUAGCUGCCCGUGUGUCCACGUCUCAUCCCCGAGAUUCCCCCAGAGCACGAAUCCCCGGCUUCUCUGUUGUCUCUGAGUACGGCUGAGCCCAUAAAUGCUCGGGAAUAAACCUCGCUUGGGUGAAAC